GGUUUUAAGUCGUGUUGUUGUUUUUACCCUUGGUCGGUUUGUUGCUUACUGUCAGUAGAAGAUUAUUUAACCAGUAGACGUGUUGUCCGUCUGGAAUUGUCACUUAUUUCUGACUUUUACUUAAUAAAUUUCUAAGAACUCAGAGCUCCCAUGCUAAAUCUUUCGUCUAUUUAAAUAUUUAGUAAAAAUGUAUGUGGUACUAAAAAACUGUGAAGCGAUUUUGACAAACAGGUGAAGAUGGACGAGACUGCCGACAUCAGAGAACAGUUAUUCCACAACUCAGUUAGAGAAUAUGUCAUUUUCCUCCUCUUUGGCCUCCUCCUGAUAAUUUUGAGCAGCGCCCUCAUUGGUCGUUUGCGGCGUCGAGACAAAGAUGACUAUGAUGAGGAUGAUGCAGCAGUUUGCAAAAUCAGUGUGUGGCUGUGCACGUUCUCAUUGGCCGUGUCUUUCGGGCAAGUGCUCCUGCUGCCCAUCUCCAUCGUCAGCAAUGAGGUCUUGUUGAACUACCCAGACUCUUACUAUGUCAAGUGGCUGAACAGUUCACUCAUACAAGGCUUUUGGAACCAUAUGUUUUUACUGUCCAACUUAUCAUUAUUUGUUCUCCUUCCUUUUGCAUUUCUCUUUCAAGAAUCAGUGGGUUUUUCAGGCUUUCGUAGGAGCUUGAUAGCGAGGGUCAUAGAAACAUCUAUAGUUUUCACUCUCAUGUCGUUCCUUGUCCUGGGCAUGACUUACAUCUUGUCAUCGUUCCUGGAUGAAGAUAGGUCCAGCAUACAGACCUUGCUCAGUGUAUGGAGCUACUAUUUACCAUUCCAGUACUCUUGUGUCUCAUUCCUGGGUGUACUUAUGCUAGUGUUGUGCACGCCGCUGGGGUUCGUGCACCUGUUCACGGUGGUGGGGGACUUCCUGGUGAAGCCGCAGUUCCUCCGCGACGUGGACGAGGAGUUUGCGGUGGCCCGGCUGGAGGAGGACUGCCUGCGGCGACGCCUGCACCUGGCGAGCGAGACGCGCGGCACGUACCUGCUGCCUCCGCCCAUGUCCCCUCCCGCGGCCGCCUUCGCGGAGGGCGCCUCACUCCUGGGGCUGCAGAACGGGGAGCUGCAGUCGGGGCUGGCCGAGGCCCUCCGCCGGGCCGAGGCCCACUGCCGGCACCUGGAUCAGCUGCGACAUACAUCUUCCCUUCAGAGGAAUUUAGUUUAUCCUGUUGCGAUGGUGCUGCUAAUACUCUUAACAUUUUUGACUGUGAUGAUGGUUCUGCAGAACAUAAUUGUUAUUGUUCUGGGCUAUGGAAACAAGGAUUUGCCAUUCAAUACAACGCAGUUCAAGCUGGGCGACAGCUCGUUGUCCAUGUUGGGCGUGUUCGGCUCGACCCUGGAGAUAGUCCUGAUCUUCUACCUGCAAGUGACGUCGUUCGUCGGCCUGUACACGUCGCGGGUGUUCUCGCGGGUGCGGCCGAGGCCUCGCGGCACCUCGCUCACCCACGUCAUCGUCAACUCCGCGCUGGCGCUGGUGCUGAGCUCCGCCCUGCCGCUGCUCUCCAGGAUACUGGGCAUCACAAACUUUGAUCUCCUUGGGGACUUUGGCCAGAUAGAAUGGCUUGGCAACUUCAAGAUUAUUUUUCUAUACAAUGUGCUAUUUGCUGUCUUCGCUACAGUAAUUCUUUUGAGAGGGAUUACUGCAGUGAUUUUACGGGAAUUAUACGCCCGGUUCUGGAACUGCCUACGCCUUCUUCUGGGACAGUGGAAUGUAAUCCAAAGACUCUCACCUUUACAGUUGCAUUACAUCAUGUAUCAUGAUGAAUAAAUGCCAACCGGUUGUUUAUCAUUUCAUUAAAAGUAUUUGUACGUUUAGUAAGAAUCUGCCAAGUUAGCCAUAACUUGUUAGCAUUUUUCUGUUAUCUUUACUUUUUAUUUGCUCAAUCAAUGUUUUUUUAAGUGUUAAUAAGUGUAAAAUAAAAUUAUUUCAUACGUAGUGCUGAUCACUAUAUUUUAUAUAUUAUUUUUACACACUGCCAUAAUUGUUUAUAUUUUUUGAUCUUGAUUUAUUGCACUUUGGCCCAGUUAUAUUUAUAUACAUGUAUAUAAACUGUACUGACAAUAUUUAAGUGUGUGUAAGUUCCGUUGUGAGUUGAGUAAUGUUGUGGUGAUAUUUUGUAAUGGAGCAUCACUAUAAAAAUUCUUUUGGUAACUAGUGUUGAUAGGUUGUAUGUUGUGAGUAGUGUUAUACAUACCCUUCACAUGGAAGAAAGUAAGACUUAAAGUAAGAUUGAUCCAUAUAGGUCAGUUGCAUCUUCAUUUUCACUAAAAAAUUUUACAAAGCUCAGCACGAUUAUAAUUUUGUGUGGGUAUGAAUUUUAAAGUUUUUCAAAAUUAUGCUCUCUGUUGUCUUUUGUAUUAAGGUCUGUGUGGUAUCCCAUCAGAGGGAAGCAAACAAUGUUUAAUUUAUUGUGGGUGUGAUUGUGGUGUUAUGUAGUGAAUAUUAUAAAAUCAUCAUUUGGUUCUGCAGAUUGUACAUGAAUUUUAUUAAUGCAAUUUCUCAAUGUAUUUUUGGUUCAUGGAUUUGUGUUCUAUAGCAUGCAGCUGCCGUAAAUUAAUCACUAUUGUCGCUGGAGAUGCAAAACCUUGUAUGCUAAUUUUUCAAUCUCAGUCUACGAAAAUCAGUAAAACUAUUCUGUUGUAAGACUAUCUUCAAAUUGAAAACAUUUUAGAUGCAGUCUUUUUUACCUCUCCAAAAUUUAUCAAGUAGGACCUUUCACGUUUUGCAUCUAAGUGGCUGGUUUUAACCAGGAGUCUCAUUACAUUUUAAUUUGUUAAUAAUUCUGAUUAUCUCAUCAUUUUUUUGCAACUGUGCAGUAAGUUAUAAUAGAACUUCUUCUACUAAAAAGAACACCAAACUUUAUUUUGGGAUAGUGUUUCGUUCUUUACUUUAAAAAGACUGUAUUGCUGUCAUUUUUAAAAGAAUGUUGAUAUGAUAGUUAACAUUAGUUGAAACUUCCAUCAUUACAAUGCCAGUGGUGAUUUUCAGAAGUUGUAUAGCUUCCUGUUUAUUUAGCAAGUUAACUUUUCCUGAACUGCUUCACUUGAGUGAGCUUAGGGCCAUUGGUAUUUUGUAAAAACAUUAAGGAUGUAUCUGAUCAAUCUUAUAUUCAAUAGACAUAUUUAACAUUUUAAAAUGUAUGUUCUUGAUAAUGACUUAACCACAGGAAUAGUGUGGUGUCCACAGCACCGGAUAUAAUAUUAUGUUUAUCAAAAUUAUACAUUAUAACUUUGAUAAUGUUUGGUAAUCUUUUCAAGUUAAAAUAACUUGGAAAAUAAGUUUGUAUUAAGGAGCCAUGAACAAGCAUUCUAACCCCUUUUUUUUUUGGUCAAAGUAUUUCAUAUAAUCAUCAUAGUCCAGGCUUAACUGAUUCAUUAUACAUAAACUACCUCACAUUUUUCAUGCUGGAGGUUAGGCUGUACAAACAACUCCUAAAAUAAUAAUUUUUAAUUGCAGUGAAUUUAGAGAUAUCUUAGCUGAUACUCUAUCCUUCAUGUAAUCACCAUUAGCUGUGAUUCGACUCUGCUUAAUUCAAACCAAUCCUGUCAGGCCGGUGAUUUUUUUUCCAUUGCACCAUUCAUUUAACAAUUUUUCCCAAGUGAAUCAUCUGUUCAUUUCUGUUCCAGUAUUAAAUGUCGGAUAUAUUCCCGCUAGUACAACCGACAGCAUCAGACUUAUGUAAGUAUUUGAUAGAGUCGUUAUUUCAUACGAUUGUGCGCACAGUUGACUUGCUUAAAACUAAAGUGCAACCAACAUAAGUGUGGCCUUCAUUACAUUAUGCACCCCGAAAUACUUCUCGUUUUGUCUCAAAUACUUGAACACGAUGCAGUACGUUCUCACUUGGAAGAAAUGAUUCCAAUUUGAUUCCAACUGCAGGUGCUUACUCACGUACAGUUACCAGCAGACGAAUGGGCCUACGUUGCUGUGUGUUUGUGCGUGCGAGUUCCCUUCCAAUAGCUAGACUGAAGUUCAUCAUGUCCUGGGUUGUAGCCGGACGACAACGGUAUGACACGGCAGCAUACACACGGAUGUAAAAACAUUGGUCCUUAACACUCCAUAGCCGCAACUUAACUUGCAAUAGAUUAUGUUUGUACAACAGCCGAUGGCGUAGUCAGACCUGCGCAUGCAUCUCUUCGCCCCUCGUAUAGAUAACUGUAUGCCAUGGUACAUCUGUUGUUUACCGAGUUGAAGCAGACUGCGCGGCAUCAUGCCCAACCUUUUUUUUGCCUGUGGCAAUAUCAUGCUGAGUGAAAUUUACAGACGUGCUGUUCAAGACUGGGGCAUUAAAAUUAACAUUGCGCUAAAUUAAUUUGUGCAAUCUGAAGCUGUACUAAGUUGAGGGAAUUGGAGUAAAUUGUUAAUUAUUAUUGUUGCUACUAUAGUUGAUUCUUGGUUUUUAUACACAACUUUUUUUAAUAUAGCUUAUAAUAGUGAAUAAUUUAAAAAAAUUCAUUGUUUUAGCUAAUUCUGCAUAGCAGUGUUCUGAUGAUAACACCAAUAACUCAGUUAUCUUUAAUUUUGAACUUAAUGAAUUUUUGGGUAAAGAUUAAAUUAAAUUAAAUAAUACAAUUAGACAAAACCCAAUUAUGACAAUGAUCGUGAGUAGAACUUUGACUGAAUUUCAUAUAUUAUUAUCAGUGUAUUUUUCCCAUACAUUUAUUUACCACAAAUUUCUAGCUGUAUGACAAUAAAUUACACAUGAAUUAUUUGGAAUUUAACCUAUUUUUAAUUAAGUUGUAUUGUUUCCUUUAACACCUUCAGUUCAAAGUAAAUUAAGUAAUUUACUUGUGCAUAUAUGUGGGAUAUAUCAGUUAUUUGAUCUUUUUAAACUAACUUGUAUUCUGUAAGAUUUUUAGUCAUGUAGUUUCUUAAUAUUAAUAUAAAAGCAACUGCAUUCCAUACAUAUUGGAAUUUUAAUAUAAGGCUGCGAUAGUAUUUAACAAGACAUUAGUGGUGUAUGUGUGUGUACCAAUUGUGAUAGUAUACACUGUUAACUUAUGCAUAUCCAAUUAUCCCCUUAACAGUGGGAUUCCAAAAUUUCUCAUCUCUUGCUCUAGUAUGUUAUACGUGGACGUUUUAAAACUAAACAUAUAUAAGUAACAUGCCUUGAAACCUCCAGGAGAUUGCAGAGUUUUCAAACCAGUGUCUUCCCAAAAAAACUGUCGGGUGCAUUUCACACCCUUGUAUACAAGCAUAGUUAAAUAUUGAACUUUUUAUAGUGUAAUACUGUGCAGAAAUUACUUUUUUUUUUAACUUUGUUCUGAUUUCUAUUUGGUAUUGCUUAGUUUAGUUGACUGGUGACCAGACGUUUCACUCUCAGGGCCAGUAUAUGUCGUCGGGGGUCUCCCUCUUAUUGUGGUGCCACGUUGGUUUGCAUUGUGUGGAUGUGUUCCAGGCAGUAACCAAGUUAUCUUCUGUUGGCUAAUGUGUGGGUUGUGGAGACUGUGCAUAGCCAGUAAAUUCAUACUUUUAGACUGAGCUAUCACCUUUGCUCAUACACUUUUGUGUGAUACUAAGUGCAAGAAAGGAACUGCUAAAAUAUUUUUUUUUAAUUUUAAAUUUACAAGAGUGGGCUGUCUUGUGUGAUUUUAAUUCCCUGUUGUUUUUCCUAGGCUGUUAAGAAUACAAUGACAGUAAGGUGUGGAUAAUGUAUGAGUGUAUCACCAGUUCAGAAAAAUACAAAAAAAAAAAAAACUAAGAUCUCUUGAUCAUCACUAAGAUAGGAACCCAUUGUAAUGGGUGGUGAUGCUUUGAAGUUUCUGGUUAUUUUAGGAUUCUAAGCUCUCGCUGUAUUUCUUUACUUCAUGAAACAAAACAUUAUGUAUCUUGAUACAACUGCAGAUGUUAUGCUAUGCUCUUACGAUCCAUGUUUUUCUAUAGUAAAAUAUUUACUAUUUUACAUCAGUUUAAACUGACAGUUUCCAAACACUGUCUAAUCUAAUCCACUUAUAUAAUUCUUUGGUCUUAGAAUUUGAGUGAUUUUAGUUGGUUGCUUUUCGUGUUGAAGGGCUUUGUGGAAGUGUUUUGUUGACAAGCUGCUCUGAGACUGAUUCGUGAACACACAUUUCACUGCUGUGCUGUUGGGUAUGUUCACAAGGGUUUGUGAAACUUGCACAUUCCCGUCUCUGCUGUACGUCACGCAACGGAAGCCCGAGAUUAUGUUUCUCUGUUUACUUUGCUGGUGUUAUUAUUUUGUGUUUAGUGUGAGUGUAUGUAUGCACUUCUGUUCCUAUUUCCAGCCAAACUUCUCUCUUGUCCUAUUUUUAUUUUUACUUCAAGGGUUGCAAUUGACAUGGGUUACAAAGACUGCUGUGGAGAUUACGUACCACAUAAUUAGUAGAAAUGUAAAAAUAUGGUGUUUAAAACCAAAGUUAGAAAUUGUUGUGGCUUUUGGUUUAUAUUCAUUGAUUCUGUAGCAUUCUUUUGUAUGUGUGUGUGAAAUUAAUAAUGACUGAAACACAUUUUUUUUUACUUUUGUACUAUAAUACAUAUUUUUGAAAAUCCUUUUAUCAUCUGUUUUGUUGCAUUGUUGAGGAAACAAACAAAGGAAAUAAUUUUUGAACAUUUUAGAGUCACAAGAUGUUUUAUUAGGAUACUUUUAUGGGGUGAGUAUUUGUUAUAGUUUAAGACCCUUUAUGCAGAGCCGGAUCGGGGGUAGGGACUAAAAUUAAAAUAAUUACAGGCAGGACCAUAUGCGGGAUUUCAUUUUGUGAAAAGGGGGAGGGGGGGGGAAUAGAACCACUUUUUCUGCUGUUUUUCUCUCAAUUGUUUUCUAUUUAUUGGUAGGAAUAAUAUUUUUAUAUAUAUUUUAGGAUUGGGGGAUGGGGGGAGGAGUAUAUCCCCUCCAUCCUUUCCUGUGUGUACACCUUUGAGUACAGGAGAACGUUAAGAGAAAGAGAAGUAUAUGUUGCAGUAAAUCAGAAUCCUUACAACCAUAUUCUACCUUCAAAUAAACAUACCGUCUUAAAAAUAUCUACAAUAUCUUGUCACAAAGAUUUGGAUAUACAAUCAUAUUUCAUUGUAUUGUUUCUAUUUUGUUACAAUUUUUUUUCUUCCAAAAAAAUUGUUUUCCAUAGUCACAAUCAGUUGCCUGUUGGCUAUUUAAUCAAUUAAACCUGGAGGUAUUCCAUACCACCCAAAAUGUGUGUGAAUGUUGUGACGACAAGUGAAGGUUGUGUUUUUUUUUACAGUUCCCAUCUUAUAUGUAGGCAGUGACAUGAAAAAAGUGUCUUGCUCUUUUAUCUUGAGUUUCUGAGUUGUUCCUCUGUGGUAAAUAUUGUUGGCAUGAAGUUCUCACAUAUGUGCUGUGUGUUACGAGAUUAACACCUGUGCACAAUACCCAACAAGCAUGCCCUACCAUUCUAAUUAUGUAGUGUGUUUAUCAGGAUUUUGUUCACACACACACACAGAUUGAAGAAUGACAUGUGUAAUAACCCCGUUGUUCAGUGGGGGAUGCUGAAAUCAGCUCACUAAGUGUGUUCAUGUAUGGUUAAAGUACAGCUACAACUCACCAUGCGGCAGGUAAACAUUUAUCAUGCCCCACAAUGAAUGACUCACCUUUAAAAAAUGCACCUUUUAGUCAUUAGGUGUAUGACACUUUCACUAAUUUCAAGUGUUCCCAUUAGAACUGCAGGAUUACUGUCUCAAUUUUUUUCCACCCCAUUUGAAUAGGAUGGUGGAGAUAUUUUGAAACAAAUACUGUAAGAACACUUGCUUUCUGUAUUUUAGUAGAAUUUUUAAGUCUAUUAUGUGUGCACAUCAUGUUUGUGUGUGUAUACAUGAGCACUUAUGUGCAAUUGUGGCAUUAAUUCUAAAAGUAACACCAUAUUUUUACAUUAAUGUUGGUCAGUGUUGUGACACUGUGUGUUACAAAUAUUUUAUAAUAUUCUAGCAUUAUUUCGUACUUUCAUAAAACUGUUUUUGUAGUGUAUGUUGUGCAUUGUGUGAUUUGCUUAUUGCAUUUGUAGUAAUUUCACAUGUUUUGUCUAGUUGAGUUAAACUAUUUAUGUAUAGUCAUAUAUUACAUUAAUUUGUAGUCUUUUACCGUAAUUUUUGUGAAUUCCAAUAAAUCGUACUGUAUAAAAAUUUGUGUAUAAUGUAUUUAUGUACUGGUGAUUAAAGCAACCACACUGGUUUGA